AUGAAGACUGAUUUCAAGUUCUCCAAUUUGCUGGGGACUGUUUACCGCAAGGGAAACCUGCUCUUCACUCCCGAUGGCACUUGCUUGCUCUCGCCUGUGGGCAAUCGAGUCUCGGUUUUUGAUCUUGUACACAAUACUUCGUAUACCCUGCCCUUCGCGCACCGCACCAACAUCGACCGUCUCGAUCUAUCGCCGAGGGGUAAUUUGCUGUUGACCGUCGACGAGAAUGGCCGGGCAAUCCUGACCAAUUUCCAUCGGCGCAUUGCGCUACACCACUUUUCUUUCAAAUCGCGUGUGACUGCGCUCAAGUUCUCCCCGUCUGGGCGACACUUCGCAGUUGGCGUGGGACGGCGCUUGCAGAUUUGGCAGACCCCCUCCACCCCCGGUACCGAAACCAAUGGCGAGAUUGAAUUCGCCCCCUUUGUUCUCCACCGAGACCUCGCUGCCCACUUCGACUCCGUGCUCAACAUUGAAUGGUCCAGCGAUUCGCGGUUCCUACUCACGGCUUCUCGGGAUUUGACAGCGCGAGUAUGGAGCUUGGAUCCCGAGGAGGGAUUUGAACCGACCACUCUGGCAGGUCACCGGCAGGGCGUGGUGGCUGCAUACUUCUCUGGAAAUCAAGAACUGAUCUAUACCGUAAGCCAAGAUGGCGCUCUGUUUCGUUGGGAAUAUGUGGCGAAGAAGGAUCCAGAUACGAUGGAAGAUAUCGCAGAUGCCCGCUGGAGAAUUGUGAAGAAGGACUUUUUCAUGCAGAAUAACGCCAAAGUUAAUUGCGCCGCAUUCCACGCCCCAUCCAACUUCUUGGUGGUGGGGUUCUCAAACGGUCUAUUUGGGCUAUAUGACCUGCCUGAGUUCAACAUGAUCCAUCUUCUGAGUGUCUCCCAGAGCAACAUUGAUGUCGUAACAAUCAACCAAACCGGAGAGUGGCUGGCGUUCGGCUCAUCCAAGCAUGGCCAGCUGCUGGUCUGGGAAUGGCAAUCCGAGUCAUACAUUUUGAAGCAGCAAGGGCAUUUAGAAUCCAUGAAUGCCCUCGUCUAUUCGCCAGAUGGUCAGAAGAUCGUCACGACUGCCGAUGACGGCAAGGUCAAGGUGUGGGAUGUCAAGUCGGGAUUCUGCAUUGUGACCUUUACGGAACACACCAGCGGAGUGACUGCGUGCGAAUUUGCCAAGAAAGGAAAUGUCUUGUUCACGGCAUCCUUGGAUGGCUCUAUCCGAGCUUGGGAUUUGAUCCGCUACCGCAAUUUCCGAACCUUUACUGCGCCGUCGCGGCUGUCAUUUUCCUCGCUAGCAGUGGAUCCAACUGGUGAAGUGAUUUGUGCUGGCUCACCGGACUCAUUUGACAUUCAUGUGUGGUCGGUGCAGACGGGUCAAUUGCUCGAUCAGCUUUCCGGUCACGAGGGCCCGGUUUCUACUCUUGCAUUUGCUUCAGAUGGUAAUCAUCUGGUCAGUGGAAGCUGGGAUCACACGGUCCGAAUCUGGAGUAUUUUUGGCAGGACGCAAACCAGCGAGCCUCUGCAGCUGGUAUCGGAUGUUUUGAGCGUCGCCUUCCGCCCCGACGGGAAACAGGUCGCGGCCUCUACUCUUGACGGACAGCUCUCCUUCUGGUCUGUCCAUGACGCUGUGCAAGAAGGAGGGAUCGAUGGCCGCCGCGAUGUCUCUGGCGGACGAAAAGUGUCGGAUCGCCGGACCGCAGCCAACGUCGCCGGAACCAAAUCGUUCAACCGAAUCACGUACAGCGCGGAUGGCAGCUGCAUUUUGGCUGGCGGGAACAGCAAGUACAUUUGCUUGUAUGAUGUGGGGACAGGGUCAUUGGUCAAGAAAUUUACAAUCUCGGUGAACACGUCCAUUGAUGGCACUCAGGAGAUCCUGAACAGCCGUGACCUGACAGAAGCCGGACCCCGCGCGCUCAUUGAUGAGACGGGUGAAGCAUCUGACUUGGAGGACCGAGUUGAUCGCACCCUUCCUGGUGCGAAGCGCGGCGAUGCCGGCGCUCGCACGACCCGCCCAGAGGUGCGGGUCACGUCGGUCGAUUUUGCGCCGACUGGUCGGGCCUUCUGCGCUGCCUCCACGGAGGGACUAUUGAUUUACAGCUUGGAUACGGAUUUCAUUUUUGACCCCUUCGAUCUUGAUAUCACGAUCACUCCGUCGACCAUCCUUGCCACCCUUGAUGCGGCGAAGAAGGCUGCCGCAUCCGACACCGUUGACGAUGACAAUACGUUCCUGAAAGCCCUUAUCAUGUCCUUCCGGUUGAACGAGUCCAAGCUCAUUCGCGCCGUGUAUGAGGCCAUUCCUCCAUCGGAUAUUCCACUUGUGGUUCGCACGGUGCCCACGGUCUAUUUACCUCGUCUCCUCCGCUUCGUUGCCCAUGCUGCAGAAGAAACCCCCCAUCUCGAAUUUAACCUGAUGUGGAUUGAAUCACUCUUCGGAAGUCACGGCCGUUACCUUAAAGAUAACUCAGGAACGUUUGCUCCUGAGCUGCGCGCCGUCCAGCGAGCCAUCGAUGAUAUCCGAGAAAACCUGAAGUGGAUGACCGAAAAGAACCUCUAUGAUUUGAAUUACCUGCUCUCGCAGCCUGUGCUUGCAAAGAAAAAACCUACGAACGCUCUGAUGGCCACCGAUUCCGGGGAAAUGGACGGGCUCGAUGACCAGAUGGAGGAAGCGGAUGAUGGAGAGGGCGAGUGGAUUGGGCUUGAAUGA